UUGUUUCUCUACAUUAAGGAAUUAGUACCAUUUUGAACAAAAUACCACACUGUAAUAGUAAAGCUAGCCACAAAUUUAGCCGUUUUUGCCCAGUGGACUAUAGUUGAUGUAUAAGAAGAUUUGAAAAUGAAAUUCCGGUGACCAAAUCAAGCCUUCUCUUAUUUGGAGUUACUACUUCCAAAGUAUCUGCUUCACUGUAGAAGCACACAGUGUGUGUAUAUUAAAAAUAGACUUUUAAAAUGGAUAAAAGAACUUCAAAUGUGGCAACAGUUGCUGUGUUCAAACUGAUAUUCUGUCUUGGUCUCAUUGAAAUUUCAUUUUCUAUAGAUGAUUCUAUAAAUGUACCAGCAGAGUACGAGCAUUGUACAUGCAGUUGGUCAGAAUGGAUGAACUCAGAUACACCCAACGACGAUGGCAGUGAAAUAGAGACAUUUAAUGAACAAAGAAAAAACGGCUACAGUUUUUGUAAAAGCCCAGUGGAUAUUCAAUGUUAUAACUUAGCGCUUGGUAGAACUAUCACAAAAGAAGAUACAGCUGCAGGACAGUGUUCUGUAGAUUUUGGAUACAGCUGUAAUUUCCUUUGUGACGACUAUAAGAUUCGAGUUGCAUGUUGUUACUGCCCACCUCCUGUAAUUGGUCCAGCUUUUCAAAUCCAGUCCCAAACAAGCGGUGCGUGUCUUGCUGUCUCUCCACCUUCCUCUGUAUCUCUUGUAAGCAGAAGCAACUGUAAUGAUAACGAGAUAUCCCAGCUGUGGAACUGGGUUUCCAACAACCAAAUAAUGAACCAGCAUAACAAUCAAUGCAUCAGUGUCGGCAACACUGCAGUUUCUUCACCAGUGUUGACCGAAGACUGCGACGCAUCGGACACUAAGCAGAAAUGGAGUUACGACAAGCGGACUUUUACUUUGUCUAGUUCCUCUAUGUAUUUGGACUCCACCACAGCCACGAUCACUAAUCUACCAUCUAAUAGUCACUGGAUAGCUAAAGUUGAUGAAGGAACAGCUGAUAUGAACAUUAUGCAAGGACAACAAUGUAGCAAUGCCCCAGAUGACCCAAAUUUUGGGUCUGUUUCCUGCAGUUUUGGUUCCUACCAAGGUUCAGAAUGUCACUUCUCGUGUGAUUAUGGAUACAGACUGCCCAGCCAGGCAAUCUACCCAGCUAUAUGCAUGCGGAAUGGAUUGUUCAAUGCAUCAGCUCCUACAUGUGAAAAAAUCAUAUGCAAUCCUACAUUAACGAGCCCAGCGAAUGGUAAAGUUGAAUGCACUAACAGCAACAAUCAGGAUUCAAACUGUUUGUAUGAGUGUGAUCUUGGCUACAAGCUUAACAGCUCGAAUCAGCAGUCAUUAUGCAUGGAGAAUGGUCAUUGGGAUCCCUACCCACCCCCAACCUGCCAAAAAAUCACAUGCUUACCUGACCCUAUCACUGAGGGUAUUUCAAACGGGCGAGUGAACUGUAGUAUGAAAAACUCAUUUGCAUCUAAAUGCAUUUACACAUGUGAUACCGGGUAUGAACUUAUUGGACCUCUUGUAAGACUUUGUCAACAAUCAAGUGCUUGGAAUGCUACAAAACCAAUCUGUCAAAAAAUAAUGUGUCCACGCCUACCCGCGCUACAGAACGGAAACACAGUUUGCACUUUGGGCAACUCGUACCUCUCAUCAUGCAGAUUUUCGUGCCACGAGGGCUACACCAUGGUGGGCAGUGGUUCAACAACUUGUAAUGUUGAUCGUACAUGGGGAAGUUCACUACCUGACUGUCAACGAAAAACGUGUAACAAGCUUACAGCACCCGAUAAUGGAAUGCUGUCAUGCUCAGAUUCAAGCUAUUAUAGCUCUGUAUGUUCAUUUGAGUGUGUGCGCGGGUACGAGAUAGAUGGAGAUGGACAAGCAGCACUUACAUGCACGGAUGAAGGGUGGAAUUAUGGCUCACCACAAUGCACAAGAAUAAGCUGCCCAAACCAUAAGAAUCUUGUCCCAUGGAAUGGCGCAAUCCAUUGCAAUGACACUGAUUUCUUUGCCUCCCUUUGUACAUUCACGUGCGACACGGGAUAUGAGGUACAAGGGUCAUUAGCAGUUAUUUGUGGGAGCUCUGGUUGGAAUGAUACAGCAUCUACAUGUGUCAAGCGAACCUGCCCAACACUGGCCAACCCUAGAAAUGGCAAAGUAGUUUGCAUGGGAAAUGAAUUCAAUUCCCUGUGCUUCUACAGCUGUGACGAAGGUUUUAUGAAAUCGCAUGCAGGAGGACCUCCAAUCAAGUGCUUAUCUAAUGGUGCAUGGAGUGGACCACCUGACACCUGCAGGCGUAUUAAGUGUCGAAAAAUCACCAAAAUUCGUAACGGUCAUGUUCGCUGUAGUGACAGCAAUAACUACAACUCGAACUGUACGUUUCGUUGUAAAGAUGAUUUUACUUUAUAUGGGGAAACUGUUGCCACGUGUGGUAUUAAUGGUUGGGAUAUACAGACUCCUACAUGCUCACGUGCUGUUUGCAGUACCACCCCAUCCAAGCCAAUCAAUGGACAAAUAACAUGCUCUGGGAAAAGCACAGUCAAGUGCUUGUUCAGUUGUAACCAAGGAUUCCGUCUCAUCGGGCAAAAUGAGACGCAUUGUUUGAGUAAUACAGAGACAUGGAGCACGACUGAAGCCCCACUAUGCCAAAGAAUCCAGUGCUUAGAAGUUGCCCAAAGGCGAUCCCAUGGUUCAGUGAAAUGCACAGAUGGUCGAAUGUUUGGUUCACAAUGUAACUACACAUGCAACCGCGGAUAUUCACUGUCUGGUAAUUCACUUACACACUGCACUGCUGAUGGAACAUGGGAUAAAAGGCCUCCUGUCUGUCAACGUGUGUUUUGUCCCAACUUAACUGGACUUAAUUAUGGUGAAACACAAUGCACUGAUGGUUCUUACUAUGGAAGUAGAUGUAGGUUCUCAUGUAGUCAGGGAUAUGAACUUAUUGGAGAAGUAGAAACUAACUGUAACCUCAACCGAACAUGGAGUAAACAGUCACCUUACUGUGAACGCAUCACAUGUUUUCCACGCUUCAGCAAUCCUAGUAAUGGACGCGUCAGUUGUUCAGACAACAGCAACUUUGGCUCCAGGUGUAACUUUCACUGUGAGGGAGGCUUUAGACUCAAUGGAGCUUUACACACAACUUGUAAUGCUGAUGGCUGGUCUGUUGGAGAAGCCCCUACAUGUACAAAAAUCACAUGUCCGAUAGAGGCCAAUAGGUUAUUGCAUGGCACAGAGAGUUGCGACCGCUCAAACGAAUAUCUAUCGGAGUGUCAAUAUAACUGUAUUGCUGGUUAUGAGUUGGUUGGGACACAGUUUCAAAGAACAUGCAAUAUAGAUGGGGAAUGGUCAGCUCCAAGACCUAUCUGUCAGGAAAUCAAAUGCCCAGUUCUGCGUGGAAUACCUCAUGGUGAUGUUGUAUGUAAAGGCAGCAGAGGUGUGGGGUCGGAAUGUAGGUACGUGUGUGACCCACAGUAUAGGAUCCGAGGAAACUCCAGAGUGAGAUGCACUGAUACUAAGAAAUGGGAACCUGAUGUUACACCUAUUUGUGAACUUUCUCCAACAAUUCCGUCAACUACCACAGCCCCUCCUACAACAACAACAUUAUCAACAACAACAACUGAAAGAACAACAACAACAACAACAACACCCCCACCUACAACAACAACAACAACCCCUUUCUCCACCCUCCCACCCACAACAACAUACAUACCACCCUUUGAUGUUGUAGGGGAAGCCACAGAUCCACCAGAGCCUGUAGCACCCUCUGUACCAGCCAAAGGUCCGUUGGAUGGCACGAACACUGAACCCCCUGUAGCCCCCUCUGCUGGUGGCAUCCCAAUAAUCCCGAUCGCAGUGAGCAUCGUCGUGGUCGUCCUCAUUAUUGUUGGGAUCACUCUCUUCAUAGUUUGGAGGCGAAGGAGCAGAAAGCCAAAGUUUAAAAACGGAUACCUUUCAAAUAAUAUUCGGUAUGAUAACAGCGAUCAACUGCAGAAGUUGGUGCCCAACGGAUCCUCGAACAGAAGAUACCCAGCGAUACCUAUCGAUAGACUUGAGUCUGAAUUUACAAGGAAACACGCAGAUGAUGAUAAACUAUUCAGAGAGGAAUAUUCUAAUAUUCCAGAAGGCGUUGGUUCUCGGGAUCAUGGAGGUAAAUCCCACAAUAAAGAUAAGAACAGAUACACCAAUGUUAUCCCAUUCGAUCACUCACGAGUGGUGUUACCAAAAUCAACAAACACAGAUGGCGAUUACAUCAAUGCUUCAUUUGUAGACGGUUACAAACACAAAGGCAAGUUCAUAGCAGCACAAGGGCCCAAAGAUGGCACCAUCAAUGAUUUCUGGAGAAUGAUUUGGGACCAGAACGUCACAACUAUUAUAAUGGUUACAAACUUAAAGGAAAACAACGAGAAUUGUAAUCUUUUGCAGCCGAAGUGUGCACAGUAUUGGCCACAAUCUGGUAGUUCUAUCUAUGGAGACUUGAGCGUGGUGUAUUUGGGUGAGAACCACUUGGUGGAUUACACCAUUCGAAAGUUUACAAUACAACAGUGUAAAGGUGAGGCUACACUCAGUGUUCGACGAAAUAUGAUUCAAUAUCAUUUCACAAGUUGGCCAGAUUUUGGGGUACCUAAGUCCCCAUCAGGCAUUCUUAAGUUUAUGAGGAAAAUAAAACACGGUAGUCCCACUGGCUAUGGAGCAGUGGUUGUCCAUUGCAGUGCUGGUGUUGGUAGGACAGGCACAUACAUAUGCAUUGAUGCCAUGGUGGAUAUGAUGUUACGAGAGGGAAAAGUUGACGUUUAUAGUUUCGUUACACAAAUGAGGAACCAACGACCGGAGAUGGUGCAGACAGAGCAACAAUACAUCUUCAUAUACCAAGCCUUACUUGAACACCAUCUGUAUGGAGAUACAGAAGUUGAAGCCACGGAAGUCAACAAUCAUAUCGAUGAACUGAGUCAGAGAAUGCCGGGAAAUGUUACGGGCAUGGAGCAUGAAUUUAAAAAAUUGACGACAAUUCGGAUCCAAAAAGAUCAGAUGAGAGCUGGUAACCAUCCAGCUAACAUGAGGAAAAAUAGAGUUUUGUUGAUUCUUCCAUAUGAUUGGAACAGAGCAAUUCUUCCAGUGAGGCGAGGACUUGAAAACUCGGAUUACAUAAACGCUUCGUAUAUCGACGGUUACCGACAAAAAGAUGCGUACAUCGCCACCCAGGGACCCCUCCCACACACAAUCGAAGACUUCUGGAGGUUAAUAUGGGAAACCAAGUCAGCUUCUAUAGUUAUGCUGACUGAACUUGUUGAGAGGGGGCAGGCUAAAUGCGAGCAGUACUGGCCAAAUGAAGGAACAUUAGUUUACGGAGAUUUGAAUGUACAACUUAAAAUAGAAGAAGAAUUAGACAAUUAUACAACACGAGAUUUCAUUAUUACAAAUAAUACCGAUCAUACUGAAAGAAAACAAAUGGUUAGACAGUUUCACUACCAUGGAUGGCCUGAAACUGGACCUCCAAGUUCCGGUUUCAGCAUGAUCAGUCUGGUUGAGCAAGUACAAAAACAACAGCAAUCAUCAGGCAACCAUCCUAUUACUAUACACUGCAGUGCUGGUGCUGGUAGAACGGGUGCUUUCUGUGCGCUCUCUACUGCCCUCGAGCAAGUGAAAGCAGAAGGGGUGCUUGAUAUGUUUCAGAUUGUGAAAUGUCUUCGUAUGCAACGCCCACAUAUGGUGCAAAAUUUGGAACAAUAUGAAUUCUGUUAUCGCGCCGUGCAAGAAUACAUUGACUCAAUGAGUGAAUAUUACAACUUUAAGUGAAUUCAAUUCAAAAUAAACUCAUAGCGCAAACAGCAGGAGUUGACCAGAGCUCCAACAAGAGAAGACGCAUACAGCCCAAAAAAUUAGCGGAAACAGGACAAAAAUUGAAAAAAUUCGCAUUAAGAAAUGAAAAAAUCUCAUACAAAUUUUGCAACUGACAUUGGUGUACCAAAAAUAGCAAAAUGCACUGCGUAGUGUAAUGAAUUAAGUUUGUAUUUAGUAUUCUAAGUUUUAAAUGCGCUUUCAUACAAACCAUUUGAUUUUUAAUAUUUUUAACCUUUCAAUCUUUUAACACUAAACACGGCACUCAACUGUAGGUACUAUUUUAUUAACUGUUUUCCAGUAAGGUGCAUUCAGUUUUUGAUUGCCACAAGCAUAAUUCCAGCUGUAUUUUAUGCACAGGGCGUAAGAAAACUUUUAAAGUCUUAUUUUCCUAAUGAAAAGUAACAUUUGAUGGUUUGAGAUAGGUAUAGAUUGAAAGCGUUUGGUACUAAUAUAUGAUAAGAAUCUGAAAUUGCUUGAAGGAAAAUGUAUCAUUAAAAAAGCGUUGUGUGCGUAUGGUAAAGACGCUCUUCAUAUUUUGUGUUUCAGCGACCGUGUUUUCUUUAUCUUACCUUUUUUGCGCUUCUUUUUAUUUAUGAAAUAAAUCACUUUUUAUUUUUUGCUUCCGUAUAAUUGUGCACACCGUUGUUUUCAAUUUUCGUUGGAUUUUAAUUCCUUCGAAUUUCACAGCACUCCAUUAUUUGUGUACAGCGUCGUCGUGUGGACACGUCAACGCCAUUCGUUGUUUCCAACCGUUCUCGCUGCCCCUCAAUGUUUUAUGAGCGUCGUUUAACAAUACAAGACGUUUAACAGCCA